CUACAACACCUCUUGGAACGGGGGCAACGACAACACCGGUGGCACAUGGAACAACGACGGCGGCGGAGACGGUGACACCGCUGCUGGCAGCGGCGGCACGACUUCGACAUGGAAUGCCUGGGGCGAAGGCCAGUCCCGUGGAGCCAGGUAUCGGCGACGGCAACGUGAAGCUCGAGCUGCCGAAGGCGGUGGUGACGAUGAUGAGCAUGUCGAGGUGGCGGCAGAUGAAGCACCCUCAGGCGAUCAGGAGCUUGUUGCAGUGCCAGUGGCAGUGGCCCCAGCUCCUGCAGCCGCCUCGCCUGCACCGGCAGUGGCUGUGGAAGCUGCACCGACACGGCCGCCAACCGAGCCGCCGCCUCAUGCCGUUCCCUCAUGCCCGAUCUGUUUGUCAGCGACGUGGCGGACUAUGGCCAUCGGCAACGGCGGCACUCGCUUGA